AUGAAGAUGGCAAGUUCCUCAGGCUCCUGGUUCUCCAGAUGCUUCAUCACACUCAUCUUCCUCCAGUUGCCUUUGCAUGUGUCAGCCCCAUCUCCAGGGAGGUUCUCCUCAUCAGCAGUGGCUCUUGCUGUGAUCCUGCCUGUCCUGGGGAUUUUCAUCUUGGUGGGCAUUUACAUCAUCUGGAAGCAAAGAAGGUCAAAAGAGAGGCUUCUCUAUGAACACGCAAUGGAGGUAGAAAAUCUUCUCUCAGACCAUGCAAAAGAAAAAGGACGUCUCUAUAAAGCCCUCAAGAAACUCCGGCGUGAACUGAAGUUAAAGAGAGCUGCAGCAAACUCAGGCUGGAGAAGGGCCCGGCUACACUUUGUGACGGUGACCCUGGACCCAGACACAGCGCAUCCCAAACUCAUCCUGUCUGAGGACCGCAGGUGUGUGAAGCUUGGAGACACAAGGCAGCCUGUGCCCAACAACCCUCAGCGAUUUGACUUCGUCGUCAGUGUCCUGGGCUCUGAGUACUUCAUAGCUGGCUGUCACUACUGGGAGGUGUCUGUGGCAGACAAGACCAAAUGGGCCCUGGGGGUGUGUAGUGAGUCAGUGAGCAGGAAGGGGCAGGUCACCGCCUCGCCCGCCAAUGGACACUGGCUCCUGCGACAGAACUGCGGGAAUGAGUACGAGGCCCUCACAUCCCCGCAGACCUCCUUCCGCCUGAAAGAGCCCCCGCGGUGUGUGGGGAUUUUUCUGGACUAUGAAGCAGGAGUCAUUUCCUUCUACAACGUGACCGACCAGUCCCACAUCUUUACUUUCACCCACAGUUUCUCUGGCCCCCUUCGCCCUUUCUUUGAACCUUGCCUUCAUGAUGGAGGGAAAAACAUGGCACCUCUAAUCAUCUGUUCUGAACUCCAAAAAUCGGAAGAAUCAACUGUCCCCAAGCCAGAAGAAAAAGGCCUUGCUAAUGGAGAUGUGGCCCUGCAGGUGGACCCUUUUCUGCUCCCUGCUCAGGCACCAGAGCUCCUCCCACUCAGAGAUAUGAUCCUGUCCUGGCCCUCUGACAUUGGCCCAGCCCUUCAGGGGCUCAAGGUUCCUUCUUUUUAG